CUAAUUAAAUUGCCAUAAUUAUUGAUUUUCUUUCUCGUUGAUAUUUGAGAGUUUUCAAAGCAGGUGUACGACGGUGUGUUACUGCAACCUUGCUUGCAUCGAUUAAUAUCUCUCCAGGUAAGAAGAUUUGCCCUGUAAAAACAAUCGAAAAUGUCUGUGGACAAGGAAGAAUUAGUUCAACGUGCAAAACUCGCCGAACAAGCUGAGCGGUACGAUGAUAUGGCUGCCGCGAUGAAGGCUGUGACUGAAACUGGUGUUGAAUUGUCAAAUGAAGAGCGAAAUCUAUUAAGUGUCGCUUACAAAAAUGUCGUUGGUGCCCGUAGAUCGUCAUGGCGUGUAAUCUCAUCAAUUGAACAAAAAACCGAAGGCUCUGAACGUAAACAAUUGAUGGCAAAAGAAUACCGUGAAAAAGUUGAAAAAGAAUUACGUGAAAUAUGUUACGAUGUAUUGGGUCUUUUGGACAAAUAUUUAAUUCCAAAAGCCAGUAACGCUGAAUCAAAAGUUUUUUAUUUGAAAAUGAAAGGUGAUUACUACAGAUAUUUAGCAGAAGUAGCUACAGGCGAUACACGAAACACCGUUGUCGAAGAUUCACAAAAGGCAUACCAAGAUGCAUUCGAAAUAUCAAAGUCAAAAAUGACACCAACUCACCCAAUCAGAUUAGGAUUGGCACUCAAUUUCUCCGUUUUCUAUUAUGAAAUUCUUAAUUCACCAGAUCGGGCUUGCCAACUUGCAAAACAGGCUUUCGAUGAUGCGAUAGCCGAAUUGGACACUUUAAAUGAAGACUCCUACAAAGACAGCACACUUAUUAUGCAGCUGCUUCGAGACAACUUGACGUUGUGGACAAGUGAUACACAGGGUGAAGCCGAUGAACCCCAAGAGACCGGUGACAACUAAUAAAAAGCUUUCUAAAAUAUUCUUUGGAAAUCUUCAUAUUAGCUUUUUUAUUGCAACAAAUGUCGAAAAAUAUUCAAAAAAAAUGAAACCAAUAAAAAACAUAAUUAUA